CUAUCCCACGUCUUUCGCUCUGUUCCUCUCUCCGUUGCUCUAGAUGGCUGGUAGUGUGUGUAGCUCGACGACCACCACGUUUACGAGCUCCUCGUUCGCAACCACCCACCCUCGGUGACGUCGGGACAAUUCCUCCUCCCUGGAGGACACGCUUCUCGUCCCCGUGGAUGCUAGUUUUAGGUGAAAACGAUGCACGCUCACGAUUCCCGUCGAUGACGUCUAUGCCGUGAUAGCCUACGACCGCUCUGAAGGAUGACGAUCAGUUUAAAAUGAUUUACUCUUGAUAGAUUUGUCGAGAUACGUCUUUCAACGAGGAACAGGGAUGAGUUUGGAAAGUUUUUCGAAAAACGCCAGCAGAUUGGAUUAAAGGGGGAGAAUUUAAGCAACCUCUAAUCGUCAAUGACUAGGUUUAAAGGGUAAGCUUGGAAUAUAUUAAUUAAUCGAAAAGUAGGGGGAGCGAAUAAACACUGGUUUAAAGGAUAGAAAUUUAAGUAUAUAAGUAACGAUGGAAUCGUGUCAGGAAGGUUGAUCUCUUUAUUUCUUUUUUAUCUCCAGCGCUCUACGACGUUCUAUACACCCAAAGUGUCGAAUCUUUUCGACCUUCGAAGGUAAAAGGUCCACAGAACAAAAUUGAAAUUCAGGUAGCGAUCUUAAAUCUUAGGUAAAAGAUGGAGAACUCGUGUGUGGUACUUUGAAGAGUAGUCGAAAAUAUUUGCGUGGCAACGUUUUACAUCGAAAUGGACGUGUAACGGCCCUUUUGGCAGGCCAGCCGCGUUCCAAGCGAAUUGCGAGGCCGGGACGCGUCGUGUCUCGUGUUUGCCGCUACCAAACUCGGCAAUAUUUAAAUGGGAUUGCGUUCGGGAAUGUAAUUGCUUGGACAAAUACGGCCCGUGAAACGUUGGGACGGAUAUGGACAGAGAGGAACGAGCUGACAGAUGGGAGAUCCAACGGGGAUGGAAGAAAUCUGACCUGAUUGCCAGGAGUAAAACGUAGAAGAAAAGAAAAUGGUGGUAACAAUGAAAUAGUGGAGCAUAAUGUAUCUGAGUAUCAUUGAUAAAGAGAAUCGUCGUAAGUGUGAAGGUUUCAGGAUACGGCAGAUUCUUCGCGGUUGAUACACAAAUGAAAAUUACUCCUAGAAUCUUUUCCAAAAUCAAAUGCAGCAGAGAGUUACUUCCAAAGUAGUUCCAGAUUAAAAUAUAUAUAAUUAUUACCAACUAGAGUCCAACUCUCAGUCUCUUCUUAUACGUCUAUUCGAUCAUCAUCGAUCAACCACCACAAAAAAGAACACAUAGCGGCGAUUCGCCGACCAAUCCAGAGACACAUAUGUGUCAUCGAGCCGGUGACAUAUCAUAAAAGGCAGCAAAUGCAGGUGAAUGGAUCCGAAAGACGGAAAAAGAAGCCGCGAGUCGGACAACGGAGAUGGAAGCAGACAGGAAGAGGAGACUUGUAGCGACAUUGAAUGACGCUUGCGUACGAGAGGAUGAAAGAGACCGACCAACAUCGGUAUAGAGGAACAGAGAGAGGCGAGAAACGAAACGAGGGGAGAAUUAACACGCAUGCAAGAAAGAUAACAAGAGGCUGGUAGAGCAAAGAGAAGGGAGAAGCCAGGCUACAGAGAAACGUUGGAGAGGGGAACGGUCUAUAACGCAGGCAGACGGAGCCAAUCAGGGCGCAAUGCGAUUACCUUAACGAGAAAUCCGAUUACUUAUUCAUUCGCCUAACUCGAAAUCAGUUUAACUAAUCGUUUAAUUCGGUAGCUACCCCCCUACGAGCGAGCGUUUUCGAGACAGACACGGGCCGAAUUCUCUCUGUGGAUGUUCGUUGGGUGUGGUGGCCAUGGGAUGGAUGGAUCUCUCCAUCCAGCCUUCUCUGGCUGGCUAAAUAGAGCCGCACACGCGCAACCACCGUCGUUUCUACACGUGCUGUAUUACCCUUAGCCCAGAGGGUGAGAGAAGGAGGGAUACAGGCGGUGGGGAAACAGGCCAGGAGGAGAGAGGCCUCAUUCAAUUCAAUUACGUAAUGAAUUGUCGUGUCUUGAGUAAACACCCUUCCUCACCGCGACUCGCCGCCGGAAAAUCGCCGGUUGGGGAUAUGUUCUCCUCGCGCGGAGGGGAUGUCGUGGUGGCUGCGCGCACCAUCGUCUUUACUGCAUCGUUCAGGUAUGGGGAUGAUGUUAGGGCGAGGAAUUAGCGAAGCGAUGAAGCAGUUUCAGAUAAUAUCGCGUGAAGAGUUGAAUCAGUGUUUUUGUCCUUGUUUGCACUGGUUUAUCCUUAAUCGUCGACUAAUCGACAGCUUGUUUUACUAUUCAUGGUGUAAUAAUAAUUGUCUUUCUAUCGAACCUUCGUAUCGUGAAUUAUUUCAUUCAUUUUCUAUUUACUCUGUCUCUACGCGAUAACGUAGCAAGGUAUAUUUUUAUUUUACUUUUGAUCAAAGAAUGAGAAUUUUUCAAAGUUAAAUGUCAAUCGAGAUAUAAAUCGAUCGGAAUCGAUUCUGAACAUUUUUUUCGUUUUAAUAUUAGAAUACGCGAUUGAUAUUUAGUUUUACGAAAACAAACUUGACUUGACUUGCGCGUGAUUCAUUUAUAAGACAUACUGUACGAAACCAGAGAUUCGGUUGUGCCGAAUCAAUCUGCGGCUUGCAAACGCUUCGAAAUCUUCCGUUGCGUCUCCGCCAAGCUUCCAAUUUCACCUCUGUUUGGCUUGUUUCAACGUAUACUCACUUCUUGGUCUUCAUUUGCUUCUUCUCUAUCCUUGGUCGUUUUCCAUCGCGGUACAUCGACACGUGGAUGCUCGCGAUAUCGACGUUUCCGGUGCUACUGAUCUCGUUUGCAUAGGCAGUAUCAGUAAUUCCGCUGUUCUCUCAGAAUUAACAGGACCCGUUCCACGGGGUUACUCACGGGGUUUGCAUAGGUAACCGGUAACGGUCGACGAUCAAAGGAAAUCGAAUCGGUAUUAGCGGGAAUUCGAGUAAAUCGUUCGUUUCCUACAUUCGAUUAUGUCCUAAAAUUUAUCAUUUUUUUAUCAUUAAAGAUCGUAUAAAAGCUUGCUUAUCAUUUCGUUACAGCGAACCUUUGCCAUGGACUCGAAUCUUCGGACAAAUUUCAAUCGAAUGACAGAAAUAUCGAUCGAUAGAUUUUAUAUUCGUCUUAAAGAAAUUUUAACAACACGUGCCCAAUGUCAUCGAUAUUUCUUUGUUUCAUUCACGUUCUGGAGGACUAAAUUUCCGAUGUAACGCACACACGGACGAAAGGACGAUUUCCGUCCACAAAAAAAAGUCAUUUUCGCCAUGGCAUCCUUCCGGUCCAAGUUCCAAAUUCCCAGUGUAGUGUCGUUAAAGGAUAGCGGAUAUCAGAGACCAUUGUUGAAUGGUCCUUCGAUAAUACAAUCUGUGCUAAAGGAGAACAUCAGAGCGUUUUGGUUUCGAAAAUCGAAGGAUCAACCGGUCGAACCCGCCGUAGGCAACUGUGCGCAACCUUUGCCACCUCGUAUGGAUCUCGUUUGCAAGGGUUGUCCUUCAAAGUGUCUCGAAUUUGAGAAACAGAAAAAAAAAUCGAAGAGACAAUUUUUUGGUUCUAAGAAACAAUCAGAAAAGCCAAGCAAUUGUAAGAAAGAGGAGAAACCGGUAGAAAAGAAAUUGAUCUGGUGGGAGACGAUAUUCGGUCCAAGCCCUAAGAGACUCUGGCCUGAUCCAUGUACUUGUAGACUGGCCCACAGAGAGAGAAAAAAGACGAGGGCGCGCGAUCCAAGAUUGCGCGAUCCAAGAUAUCGACAGACUGCAGGAGAUGUUCUUUUGUAUACAGAGCCGGUAAGACGAUGCUCGGUAUCUUCUUGCUUCGAACCACAACCAAAAUCUCCACCAGGAUACAAGAUACCCAAAGCGGCGGUUUUCAAAAUCAUGGAAGAUGUUUCCUAUACGAUGCCGGGUAAUCGCAUGGCCCUUGAUAUGCAAAUGUAUGAAGUUGACAAAGAUGUACGAUUGAAACCGUAUAGUCUUCCGUACGAAGAAUUAAGACCUCCGGAAAGACAAAGAAGACCAUUCAGUUGUCAAUUAGGAAUUCAAUCGAAAGACGUUCUUCUACCGAUAAAUAGAGACUUGAAUUAUUAUGGAGGUCUUCGACAACAAUCGGUCGAAGAAGCUAAACUACCGAAGAACCUCAAAUCUACCCAAACAAGUCAGAAGAAAUUGCCUGAUACUGGAGCCAAUUUAGAUCAAAUGUUCCAAAAGCGAAGUAGAAUAGAGCAGCUUAAAAUGUAUAUCAGACAGAAAGACAUGUCUUAUUAUCCGCCGUUUUCUUCCUGAUCGACAAUGUUGAAUCCAUUUUGCAUGACAAAGAAUCUAUUAACUGAAUAAAAUGCUGAAUUUUCGUGUAAUGUAUAUUUAAAUCGUCCGUGUGUGCAAAAGAAGUAAUCUGUAAUGUUGUUCACUUAAGCACAUCAUCGAGGAAUAAAGAAAACGUAAACACGAUCUGAAUUUGUUAUAAGAAAAUAAUAUUCGCAGUCUGGAAAAACGUAAUUUCCAAGAUAAAUUAAGAUUCGUG